AUGGCACACUUCCGGUUCACCGAUCUCCCUGUCGAACUUGUGCUUCUGGUGGUAGACUUUGCGCAAGCUCUCUGGCUGGAAGAGAUCUUCUCUGCUCACGCCCCAUACGCCGGCGUCAGACGUAACAUCCCCGCGAAGCAGUCUGCCGCGAUCCAGUUCCCCCCGUGUUGCAACGGCAUGGCUUGGAACCGUACGCGACCCAUCUGCCUGAACAAGGCCGCACCAUUGCGAUUACGAUCACCAGUUCACCGUCUUUCGCAUACCUGCCAGACUCUUCGUUAUAUUCUUGGCGUCAAGUGUCUAGAGAUAUGGAAAUCGGACAACGCUCUGUUCAAAUCUAUCACGCUGCGCUUCAAAACGCCCGCUCUCGCCAAGGCACAACUGACGCGUUCAUCGAUUCUCGCCUUAAAUGUUUGCAAUUGCCUGAUCCCUUCCAUCGAGCGCUCAUACGAAGCGUUGGAGAACGUGAAACUCGCCCUACCCUGGCAGGAUUACCGCACCGCGCGCUCAGCCCUGCACCAGUUCUUCUAUAAACACUCUGGGCACAAGGGAGGAAACCUGCGUCAAAUCGAUGUGGAGAUCUAUGAACCCAAUCCGCAUUUCCCUGCUUUCUCGUACAUCCGAAUGGUAGCAGUCAAGAGCCCCCGUCUUCGCUCAAGCCGGUGGUCAGGAGGAAAUUUGUACUACUUCUCCGAGCACAUCACAUCCCUCUAUCUAUAUCACGCCCACCCGUGGAGACCACGUUAUGACGCGUCGUUGUCUGAAGCCUUAGGAGUCGCCUCUCAGACGCUGCUGUACCUCACCAUUGACGCUAGUGGUGCUGUAUUUCAUGAUUUGACACCAUUCGACCUGCCUAGACUCGUCUUUCUGCGGCUAGCGGUCUCGCAGCUCGCCGGUCGCCUAUUCUUGCGUUGCGCCACCUUACCUACCCCCGUCGAUCUUCAUCUGGAGCUCUCGGUGCCUUGGCGAAGCCUGACGCGCCAUGCCAGGCCAAGCUCCGUCACGCCGUUUGAAGUGAAUUUCAGCGGCCUUGACAGAGCAGGCUAUGUUCCGCCUGAGGCCGCGUUGACUCAGUACGCCGCGGCACUGUCGGCCGUAGACAUUCUACCGACUGUCUUCAAUACGCCCCCGGCGAGCGCCACGCCGACCGCCCAGGGCUGGCAGGAGUUGAACGUCGUGGGAUUAGACGUGCGCAUCCCUCUCGGCGUCAGCAGCAAUUACCCCGUCGCACGGCUACUUCCGGACUACGUCAGCAUCGCAUUCGCCGAGUCGGUCGACGAGCUGCAUGCCGUUUUGAUGGAUUCGGCGGGGCGAGAUUGGCGCCGAAGGCAAUCUUCGGAGAGCGUACAGCGACCGCGGAGAUCCCUGAGCAUCAGGGACGAUGAAGGUUUCAACGCGCCCGUGCGAUACGAGAGAGACCCGUACGGGAAGCUGCCGGAGGCACUGUACCCGUCCGCCCUCUACGAUACGGCGGCGCACGUCCUUCGCACGGCGCUUAGCGCCAGAGCCAACGACGCGUCAGCUGCGCAGGAGCUCAUGUUCGCGAAGGAAUCUUGGCUGCCAGACCGCUCGCUGGGAUAUGCGCGGAUUCUCGAAGAAUUCAAGGGAUUACGCGCAAUCCACUUCACCAGCCCUGCCCUCGCAGAGCAUUUGCAGUUCAGCCAGAACAUGGAAGGGUGCUUGGCGUUCGAACACCUUCGAGCCCUCGCCAUCUAUCUCAAUACGCCAGGCGAACGAUUUGCGUACCCCUGCCCUUCAUUACAGCGCGUACACCUUCCGCGCUGCCCUUGGAAUAUGGACGCCCUCUUCAAUUCGCCCGAGCGUCUUCUCGCCGGCACUCCGCGCAUCGUUGUUUCCUGCCCCUAG